CUCAAUUGGGAAUCAGCUCUAUCGAAAAACUAAACCUACGAGCAUAAUAGCAUAUUCGUGUUGUAAUAAUAUAAAGCAAAAAUGGAUGAAUUGACCACUGAGGAGCAGGACCUGUUCAAAAAAACCUUUAAGAUAUUGGACACGGAGAACGAAGGAGCCAUCACCUCGAAGGAAUUGGGACUGGUAAUUCGCGCAAUAGGUCGGCAGCCCAACGAAGCGGAGGUUCAGUCCUUGAUAAACGAGGUGGACUCCGAUGGAAAUGGAACCAUUUCGGCUGCCGAGUUUUACAAUGUGAUUCUGCGCAAGAUGCGUGACACAAGUAAGGAGGAGGAGCUGCGCGAUGCCUUUAGUGUUUUUGAUAAGGAGAACAAUGGGUACAUAUCCGCUACCGAGUUGAGGGCUGUCUUCAUGGCACUUGGCGAAAAAUUGGAAGACGACGAGCUGGAGGAGAUGAUACGCGAGUACGAUGUCGAUCAGGACAAUCACAUCAAUUUCGAGGAGUUUACCAACAUGAUGACCACGCGUUAGUCUACACGCACACGCCUACUAAAUUACAAACAUUUUGCA